AUGGACACCCCCACUACUCCUCUUCGUAACUCUAACAAGCGCUCUGCACCCACCGAAAACGACACACCACUGACUAAGAAACAACAACAAGACCCUAUUAUCCACGUUGGUUAUCACUUCAUGCGCACCGUUGAGGCAUUUAUUCUGCCCUCCGUCCUCAUCGAAAAAGGAUUGAUACGUGCCAAUGAACUUGACGAUGACAUUAACUAUAGUGACUUCGAGAACCAAUGCUGGUAUGCAUAUGGCAAGCUCAUCGAGAUGAGUUCUUGCGUUGAUCGCCGGCUCGACGCAGGUGCCAGCGCAGCAUCUGAAGUCGGGAAACUAGUAAGCACUCUCCAGCAGGGUUCAAGCAGCGCAAAAUCCAUUGAUACAUCAGGUAUCAAGACUAAUAUACCUACGUGGUGGUCCAUACUCUCACCAGAGAGCCCCCCGAUCCCAAAGACAAAGACAGCUCGUGGCUUCAACAAUGACAUCACUGGUCAACUACUCUGCCCCGUUGCCUUGAACUGGGGCGAUCCUGAAAUCAAGCAAAAGCUUCGCGAGGGCACUGCCACCAUAGAUGGUCGUCUUGUUAACGGUGGUGACUGGCACAACUUCUUGUACGCAAUCCCAUAUGAUCCAAGCAUGCCUUGGGUUGGCGUAUUCCAGGGACCGCUUCUUGUAAAGGCCUUCCGUCAUGUAUUCACAUCACCGUCAUCAGCGCAAGUUGAUGAGAAUGUCACUGAUACUGGUUCCUCAACUCGAUCAGGCAAUGCACAGCUGCAUGGGAUGACUAAGGUCACCACAGGAUCCAUCGCAUACAUCGCAACACAGGUGUCCUUCGCAUUAUCUUCAAACACAACCUUCUCCCGCAACACUCGCUCUCUCGAUUCCGUGACAUUCUAUAAUAGUAUCAUUGCUUACCUACGCGAUCCUGAGAAUGCCUUGGAGACGAAGGAACUGUUGAAGUGGUGGGAUAAACGCAUUUUCCGAUGUGAGGACACAGCCAUACACGGUAACGGAAAUGGAUCCCGCAAUGCUAUCAAAGCUGCCCGACUCGCGGCGGCCGCUGCUGCUGCAGCCCAACGUGCAACCUGA